GGAAUAGUACUUCCGGGCCGAAAAAAAUAAAAAGUCUAGCAGCAUCUGCCUGGAAGAAGCUGUGGUUGGGAGAAAAAUAAAAUUAAAAUAUGUAUGCCAGAAGUCAGCGACAAGUGUAAACUACAUUGUGACUUAAAUCGGUCAUCUGAAGCUUCCUCACUUGGCCCCAGUUGUCACAUACAUACUUAAAUUUGUAAAGAAACAUGACAGAGCCACGCAACCCUGGGAUGUCCUCUGUCGCUCAGCUUAAUCCAGCACACACCGAGUCCAGCUCCCCAGCUGUAGAGAUGGAUCCUGUGGAGUACACCCUGAGGAAGCGCCUCCCCCGGAAGCUCCCAAAGAGGCGGAACGACGUCUAUGUCAACAUGAAAACUGAUUUCCGGGCUCAAUUGGCACGCUGUCAGAAGCUCCUGGAAGGUGGAGGUCACAGGGAGAUCUGUGUCCAUGGCUUGGGUCUUGCCAUCAACAGGGCCAUCAAUAUAGCCCUUCAGCUGCAGGCCAGUAGUCAGGGGGCCCUUCAGCUGGCGGCCAACACCUCCACAGUGGAGCUCGUGGAUGACUUGGAGCCUGAAGAUCCGGAUGAGGCCGGGGAGCCUAUGACACGUACACGCAACAACUCAGCCAUUCAUAUCAAAGUUUUCUACCCUGACCCACAGUGAUCUACACAGAGGUGUGUCCUGUGUAGCCAGAGGUUCUGCUUUUUCCAUUUUGUCAUAUUUGUCUUCUCAUGAACAGAUGGGCAUAAAAACAUUGUCUGCUGAGACUUUUUUUAUGUGGAUAACUCAUAAUGCAGUCCUGUAAAAUGCCUUCAGUGUUUACCAGUAAACUAUGCUGGAAUUUUCUCCCAAUGGGAAGCUUUAGUUGACUUUUUUAAUUUGCCAGUUUGUAUCCUGUUUUUUACGUUUGCAUGACUUGGAGAUCUUGCAUAUCCUCUGUAAAAAUGUGGCUGUUCCAAAUGUUCACCUACAGUUGUAUUUAACUUUAAAAACCUCAUGAGUCUGCAUGUGUUUAAAAGAUAUAAAUGAGAAAAUAAACAAUCUGCUUUUCGUGCAGGUGUAGUUGCCAUUUAUGGCCACUUGGUGUCAGUAUUUAGCUGUAACAUGUUGGGUUUUAUCCUGCAGCAGCCAAACCCACAUGACAGCAUGUGACUAUAACUUCUCAGUUUGUAAAUAAUAAAAAUGGUUUAUCAUCAUCAU